AUGUUCUCGGCUAUUGUUGCUUUCGCUCCAGUAGCGCUUUUACUGUGCUUAAGAGGGGUCUCAGCGGUUACUUAUGAUAACGAGUUCGCAAGUUGUGUCUCAAAUCAAUAUCAACCCAAUAACGGCUUCAACAGUGGAAGUUGGUCAUCAGCAUCAUCAUGUGCUGCUUAUUGUUAUGAUAGAAACACAGAGAAUAUCUAUGCUGCCUGGGAUCCACAAAGUGGAUUAUGCGGUUGUGGCACAAACUCUUUCACCGAUUCACAAACCACACUUGGAAACCCAGGUGGUUGUGCAGCAGGCAGUUCUUAUGAAGUCUACAUCAUCCACACUACUUAUGACUUUUUGGAUUGUUCCAACAAUUACCAAUUUGGCGGUGCUCUAUACCAAAGUCAAAGUACAGACUACUAUUCCAUCUUCCAGACUUGCGCAAGUUAUCCUUAUAUGGCAAUUUAUCCUGCCGGGAAUGGAAUUUUCGCCUACGCAUGUGGAUCUACAUUAACACAAACGUCUACUCAGACUUGUAAUAUAAACGUCAAUAGAUUGUACUCCCAUCCUGCUGAUGCGACUGCUUCUUCAAUUGCGAGAAGGUCAAUGAAUGAGAGAAGACGACUGGCGGAACAGGAGUCUUUGAAAUCAUGGUUCUGUCCAAAAGGUCUGACUCCAUGUGCUCUAGAGACUGAUUCAGCCAGUUUCGAGUGCAUCGAUAUCAAGAACGAACUUGAAUCAUGUGGUGGUUGUAUCUUUGGAGCAUUCAAUCCUCCUGGCUACGCUAAUACAACAGUUCCAAUGGGUACAGAUUGUUCAUCCAUCAAAGGCGUCGCAUUAGGUCACUCUUCAUGCGUUGACGGAUCAUGUCAUUUUGACUGUAUGAAAGGCUGGGAAGUCGAAGGUGAUCAAUGUGUUAGGAUUUAA